AUGGGGCUGCUGAGCGCAGAGAAACGGAUGACGCUGGUGAGCUGCCUGGGCGCCUACUUCCUGUCCAUGGCAAUGAUCUACCAGAUGAGCCCGUUCUUCCAGAUGUAUGCGCGCGAGACGUGCGGCGCCAGCACUGCCACGGUGGGCCUCAUCUUCGCGGCGAUGCCCAGCGCCUGCUUCGCGCGACAGAGUCCCAUGGAUGCGUUUGUUUUCCUCACCCUCAAGGGCGUGCACGACUCCGGGAGUUGCACGGUCACCUGGAAAGCAUUGACGCGCGGCGAGCUCAAGGAGAUCUAUGUGGAGGCCACGCAUGUUGCCCUCUUGGGCCAAGAAGGCCAUUGCUGUGGGCAAAGCGGAUAG